CAGCACAAUUUCAUUUUCUACUAUUUCAAAAAUUGGAAACCGAUCUCUGGAAGACAUCUCUCCCCCUCUGCUUAUUCAUUUCCUUUCAAAUACUGAAAAACAUGGUUGUUGCACAGAAGUUGAAGGAAGCAGAGAUCACGGAGCAGGAUUCUCUUCUCCUGACGAGGAAUUUACUGCGCAUCGCUAUAUUCAAUAUCAGUUAUAUUAGAGGUCUUUUUCCAGAAAAGUAUUUCAACGAUAAGUCAGUUCCUGCUUUAGAGAUGAAGAUCAAGAAGCUUAUGCCGAUGGAUGCAGAGUCUCGGAGAUUGAUUGACUGGAUGGAAAAAGGUGUAUAUGAUGCGCUGCAGCGGAAAUACCUUAAAAAGCUUCUCUUCUGCGUAUGCGAGGCGGUGGAAGGGCCAAUGAUUGAGGAAUAUGCUUUUUCUUUCAGCUACUCCAGUUCUGAUAGUCAAGAGGUCUCUAUGAAUGUGACUCGCACUGGAAACAAGAAACUGGGAGGAACAUUCAAGUGCAACUCCACGGCCGAAAUAACUCCCAAUCAGAUGAGGAGUUCUGCCUGUAAGAUGGUCCGUACAUUGGUUCAACUGAUGAGAACAUUGGAUAAGAUGCCCGAUGAGCGCACCAUAUUGAUGAAACUCCUCUACUAUGAUGAUGUUACGCCAGUCGAUUAUGAGCCUCCAUUCUUCAGGAGUUGCACAGAGGAAGAGGGACAUCAUCCCUGGACUAAAAGUCCAUUAAGGAUGGAGGUUGGAAACGUCAACAGCAAGCAUUUUGUUUUGGCUCUCAAAGUAAAGAGCGUGCUUGAUCCAUGUGAGGAUGAAAAUGAUGAUAAUGAUGAGAUUGAAGUUAGCUUAGGAGCUGACUCAGAACAGAGGAACGGGUUUUCUGAAACCGACAGUGAGGUUGACCCUUCCCCAGAAGGCGAUUAUAUUGUUGCACCAAGAGAAAAGCUAGAACAACCGGAACAAGAUAAUACUAGCAAAGUUGACGAAGAUGAUACUCAGGAUCCAGAGGAAGAUGAACAGCAGUUAGCGAGGGUGAAGGACUGGAUCAAUAGUUACCAAUACGACAAAUUAGAAAUUACUGAUGUUCUUUCAAAUUUUCCGGAUAUUUCGGUUGUUUUAACUGAAGAAAUUAUGGGAAAACUUGUUAACGAAGGCGUUUUAACCAAGACUGGAAGGGAUUCUUACAACAUCAACAGGCAGAAGGCGUUUGACUAUGAAUUCGAUUUGGUGAAAGAAGAACAUGAUGGUCAAAUAGACAAAGUUGGUAUCAAUACCACAGCCCACGAUCUCCUGUAUGUGAAGGCUUUAUAUCACACUCUUCAAAUGAGUUAUGUGACGGUUGCAAAGCUUCAAAACAAGCUUGAAGGAGAGGCCAGUCUAAGCAAAGUGCGUAAAUUAAUCGAUCAGAUGAUUCGAGAUGGUUUUGUUGAAGCCAAAGGGAGCCGAAGACUGGGCAAACGUGUGAUUCACUCAGAUUUGGCUGAAAAGAAGUUGAAAGAAGUAAAGAAAAUACUGAACUAUGAAGACAUGGAAAUCGACUCGUAUGGACCAUAUGAAAAGUCCAACAACAAGAUGGAUAGCAACCACAAGGACAUGUCCACUUGCGGUAUCCUCCGUUCAAUUGGAUCAGAUUUAACGCGCAUGAGAGUGACAUCAGACACAAACCAACAUGCUUCGAAAUCUAAAGACCUUGGAAACACUCCCACAAGCACGCCUGUGCCAGCUGCGUCGAGAGAAAGUUUUGUGCCAGGAAAUGAUAAUAUUAGAGUGAAUGGAAGUGCAAAUCACCUUGAUGAGAUGGACUUGGAAAAAUCUACUCAAGAUAAACGGUCUAGAAAGACAAGCACGGUUAAAGAUCCCAUUCUUCAGUACAUAAAGCGACAGAAAUCUCAAGACCAGUGAAAAGCCUGGGUUUAAAUAUAUGACUUUUUUGACCGUAUUCUCUUUAUUCAACCGGUCAUGUUGUGGAAUGUGGAACACAAUUCCAAGAUUCUUAUUUUGCAACAACCAGACGUUUUCAGCUUUUGCUGAGGAGAUCAUGAUAGGAGUCCCUGCGACCAGGCGCCUGGCUGAUUUGAGCAUCCAAAUGGAGCUGUGAAUCGUGGCUUGAAGGUCCAGAACCCAUAAUGUCGCAGCGGGGCCGGGAAGAAAGGAACUCGACCCACUCCUAUGUAGCCCAACGAAUUCUCACCCCUGGCCCCAAAUCCUUCCCGACUGCCCUUCUUCCAAGAAUUCCUUCGUUCUCUUUCUUCCUUUUUCCUUCUGCCUCACUGCUAAUUACGAGGAGGGAGAACUGGAUCUAUAAAUCUUUUUGAGCGCAGAACUUUAUGCUCAAACUUUCUAUACAUUUAAUCUUGCAAAUUUUAAAAUAUUAAUCAAAUGUAGUUUAGAAAUAAAAAGUACUAAAUUUGAAUUUCUAUAUUCUAUUUUGUGAAUCUUAGACAAUGUCAUUUUUCUAUUCCAACUCCACCAUAGACCAUGGUUAGGUGUGCAGAAAGAAAUCAAGAAAGAACAAAAAAAAAAAUUAAAAAUUGAAGUCCAACGGAUUGAUUUAGCUGAUUUCAAGGAAUUAUUGGACGCAACUAUCCUAUAGAAUAGUUACUAGAGAGUUUAUUGGUAUUCUCUUAUAGCCUAGGUCAUAGUUCCCAUCCAAUCCUAAUCAUCUAUUGACAAAUACUGUCAUUCUUAGGCUUCUCAAUGUCUUUUUAGGGUACGUUAUUGAGUACUACUAUACCACAUGGCUUAAA